UUCAGCGGGCCGCCGUGCGGGGUCACCCCUGCGGUGUCCCCCUCUCUACCCUGCCACCGCUCCUUCUUUUCCUCUGUACAGGUCCAGCAUGCCAGCAAACAGAUCACGGCAGAGAAGCAAUACAAGGGCAUCAUCGACUGCAUAGUCCGCAUCCCCAAGGAGCAAGGCAUCAUCUCCUUCUGGAGAGGCAACCUGGCCAAUGUCAUCCGGUACUUCCCCACCCAGGCCCUCAACUUCGCCUUCAAGGACAAGUACAAGCAGAUCUUCUUGGGGGGAGUGGACAGGCACAAGCAGUUCUGGCGCUACUUCGCAGGGAACCUAGCGUCUGGGGGGGCCGCGGGAGGCACCUCCCUCUUCUACCCACUGGAUUUUGCCAGGACCCGGCUGGCGGCUGAUGUGGGUAAAGGAGCCAGCGAGAGGGAGUUCACUGGUCUGGGUGACUGCAUCAUCAAGAUCUUCAAGUCUGAUGGCUUGAAGGGCCUGUACCAAGGAUUCAGUGUGUCUGUCCAGGGCAUCAUCAUCUACAGAGCAGCCUACUUUGGGGUUUACGACACGGCCAAGGGUAUGUUGCCUGAUCCAAAGAAUGUGCAUAUCGUAGUCAGCUGGAUGAUUGCCCAGACUGUCACUGCAGUAGCAGGGCUGGUUUCUUACCCUUUUGAUACUGUGCGACGUAGGAUGAUGAUGCAGUCUGGCCGAAAGGGAGCUGAUAUUAUGUACAAGGGCACAAUUGAUUGCUGGAAGAAGAUAGCCAAAGAUGAAGGAUCCAAAGCGUUCUUCAAAGGUGCCUGGUCGAAUGUGUUGAGAGGCAUGGGUGGAGCUUUUGUAUUAGUACUUUAUGAUGAAAUUAAGAAAUAUGUCUAAACCAACAUCAUAAUGUAGUUCAAUUGUUCUCAAUCAACUUUUUUUAAAAAUAUAUGCUAUUGUGAUGUAAUGGACAACAAAAUAUUUCCUAGGGAAACAGAAUAAAAUUUGAGUAACAUAUCUGGUUGAGAUGAGGAUGCAUUGAUUUAAAAAUUGUCUGUUACGUCACAGUUACGUUUUAUAUGAAAAUUCCUCCAACAUUUGUAUUGGAACCUGUGUAUAUAUUAUACUUCAAAUUUCAAGUAAUACAUUUUGUCUAGAGACAAGACUUAGGUGGGCUAUACCUAGUUUAAUAUUGUGAACUCUUAAUGAGAUCUUCAGAAAUACCUGUUUUACUAAGUGAUGUCUCUAGCUACCCAACAGCAUGAUGACAUUUA